UUCUGAUUCGAGUCCUUCAUCCUCUCCACAAUGGCUUCCACUCCUCCUACUACAGAUGCUACCACCACUCCCACAACAACAAAUAAUACCACUACUGCCACCACCACUACUCCCCUCCGCUAUAUCCGUUACAAUGCCGCCCAUGAAGACACCUACGUCCCCGCCAUGCGCCAAUUAAUCUCCAAAGACCUCUCCGAACCCUACAGUAUUUAUGUCUACCGCUACUUCCUCUACCAAUGGGGCGAUCUCUGCUUCAUGGCCAUGGACGACAACAACUCCGAGCUUCAAGCCUCCUCACCAAUGGUCGGCGUCGUCGUGAGCAAACUGGAGCCGCAUCGCGGGGGCCCCUUACGCGGAUACAUCGCCAUGUUAGCCGUGCGCGAGGAGUAUCGGGGCCAGGGGAUAGCCACGAAAUUGGCUCGUAUGGCGAUUGAUGCUAUGGUGGACAGAGGGGCAGAUGAGAUCGUGCUUGAAACCGAAACCACCAACACCGCCGCGAUAAAGCUCUACGAGCGACUCGGGUUCCUGCGGAGUAAGCGUCUGCAUCGGUACUAUUUGAAUGGCAACUCGGCGUAUCGGCUUGUGCUGUACUUGAAGGAAGGGGUUGGGUCGAUGCGGACGAAUUUGGAUCCGUAUGCUCAGCAAACAGGGCCGCCUUACCCCUUGAUUGAGGAUAGAACGGACACGGUGGUGACCGCGCCGGAGCCGGCGUUGACGCAUGAAAAUGGGAAGUGGUAGAGGUUAUAUCUACCCUACCUUCGCUCUUUUUGGAUACCUUUCCCCCUUUCUUCCUUCUUGGAUGGAUGUGAAUGACUGUAAUGACUAUGCUAUGCUAUGUUAUGCUAUGAUGAAGAUAUAUAUGUGGAAUUGUUGGUCUGGUUUGGUCUGCUUGCAUUGCAUUGCAUGUGUGCGGGGUUAGGUUGUGGAUUAUUAUAGAUACAAUCUAUUGCUGUUGGGUUUCUAUAUGGUGGGGUGGUUCCAGGUCUAUGUACAGAGUGUUA